AAUUCUGUUUUGGAUAAUAUUGGUGCAAUUGUUGGACAAAAUGACUUGCUGUGGUAUUAAUUGCACUAAUAGAGCGUCCAAGGAGUCUCCACUUCAUUUUUUUCGGGAAGGACCUGAUUGGUGUCCAGAACCUGCUGAAGAAGUACCAGGCUCUGCAGGCUGAGAUCACAGGUCAUGAACCUCGCAUCAAGGCUGUCACCCAGAAAGGAGAGACCAUGGUGGAGGAAGGUAGAGCAGGUCUGGUCCUGACAUGUUUCUGAGGUGUCUGCAGGUUCUGGCUCACUUUGUUUGGGUCCAGGUCACUUCGCUGGUGAGGAAGUGAAGACUAAACUGUGGGAGCUUCAUGGACGUUGAGACACGCUGAAGGCCAAGGCGUCCCAGAGGAGGCAGGACCUGGAGGACUCUCUGCAGGCCCAGCAGUACUUUGCGGAUGCUAAAGAGGCCGAGUCCUGGAUGAGGGAGAAGGAGCCCAUCGUUGGAAGUCCAGACUACGGGAAAGACGAGGACUUGGCCGAGGCUCUCCUGAAGAAGCACGAGGCCCUGAUGUCGGACCUGUCGGCUUACGGCAGCAGCAUCCAGGCCCUGAAGGAGCAGGCCCAGUCCUGCAGGGACCUGAAGGCCAACGAGUCCCGCCUGAGGGACAUCAACAAGGUGGCAUCUGAACUGGAGUCAGAAGGUCUGAUGGCUGAGGAGGCUCCUAUGGUUCAGGCUCAGCAACAAGAACAUCUGGGUUCUGCUCCUGGAAAGGUGCAUGUUGUCCUCCGCCUCCACCAGAACCAGACGUGGUGUUUUUGUUACCACUCAUUUGUUUGUUUGUUUGUUUACAGGAUGAAGCCGACUCUAACACGGCGUCACCCUGGAAGACCGUACGGUUGGGCGUUCAGACGACGGCUAACUUUGAUUCCAUCAAGGUAAGAGGAAGCUCUUCACUUCCUGUCUGAGCGAUCCGUCUCCAGGUUUCCUCGUCCGGCGUCCAGCCCGCUGGCGUCCACCUUCAUCUCACCUUCAUCUCAUCUCACUUCAUUUAUAGUGCAAUACUUUCACAUUAUCAUUUUCCCACACUUCUGUAUACCUGUAUUUUGUUGUUUUUCAAUAAAGAAUGACAAAUUAUUUAAGUUUGGUUUUUGUUGCACACAAAUAUAUAUCUGUAAAAAAUAUCUACAAAGCUAAUGUUUACAUAACAAGUAUGAUUGGGUUUUGCAAUACGGCACUCAAGUUUAUUUUAGUAAGAUUUUCAAACCAAGUAAAGUUAGUAAAAAACACAUUUCUAUUGUCUGCUAAGAAACUGUUGGGAUUUAAAAUGGGCCUGUUGUACAAAGAACUUGUAAAUGAUUAUUCCUCACUUUUGUCUUAACCAAAGAAAUUCCAGUAAUUGAGCAAAAACAUUUAUUUUUAACACUACAUUUUAUAAAACAGUGCGCAAAGUGUCGGCACAUG